AUGAGCAGCCGAGUGGUCCCCAUCCACGGCCUCGAUCCUGAAGAGAAGGUCGAAGCCACUCUCGUCUGGGACGGCAGAUCUUCACCUGACUUCGAACGCGACGUCUGCCUCGGAGACCUCAUCCAUGACUUCCCGACUAGCAUCCCUUAUCCUCGAGCGCUGUGGGCGCCGGCUCACCGAGCGCUGGCCCAUCUCCCAGGCCUCCUUCGUCGGGCGGCCAUCUUCCUACUCCCCAGUUUUAUCCAGCCCCUUACGGCAUCCGCGCCGGCCUGUUCGCGCGGACGCGCAACUUUUGCCGGCGACCCGCGCUUCCUCCGCAACGUGCGCGAGAGCCCCACUACCGAGCCCGCCGCCGACCGUCACGACGACGGCGCGGCUGGUGCGGGGGUGGGCGGGCAACGUGUUCCGGUUCGUGCACGUCUGGGACUGGCAGCCCUUUGGGGGCCCGGGGGAGGGGGGGGGGAGGCCAUGGACGUGCAUCUGUGGACCGUCCCCGUCGAGUUUCGGUGUUCGAUGGUGCUGUUCCUGACGCUGCUCGGGACCGCGAGGCUGAGGAGGGGGUGGAGGUUCGUCGUCAUCGGGGCCUCGGUGGCGUUUGCGUACCUUAGCCAGAGGUGGGAGCUGGUCUUGUUCUAUGCGGGCAUGGUGUUGGCGGAGAUGGACGUCGCGAGGAGUGCCCACGGUCAUCUGGGUGUCAGACGUAUUCUGGCGGGCUGUAGAUGGCCCCGUCGUGAGCUUUGCGAAGUGGCUGGAGGCGAGAUGUUCGAUCUUUGA